GCAGUGGGAUGGUUGGUGGUGGGGACGUGGUAUCACCUGGUUUCUGGAAGGGUAGUGGCAGUGUUGGCGGCACUGGGUGGCAGCUGAGGGCCUACCUGGCAGCUAGCUCCUCCAGUCACUCAGACACAGGGCAAAGUACGGGAGCCCAGGUGAGAGGAUGCUGGGGAUUAGGAAGUCUUGUCACUGCUACCUGCCUGUACCCAGGACCCCUCCCUUUGUGAGGCUCCAUCUGAGUCUUGAGUUUCACCGCCACCCAGGACAUUCACCCACACCUCUUUUAUCACCAUCCACCCUGAAGUAGCCUGGCUGUGGGAUAAGGGCCAGGGACCACCAAGUUGGAGCUAUGUGAUCCUGUGUCCUGGAAGACCCGGAUUGUGCGGAUAUGCUAGGGGCACCCAGCCCCUAGAAGAUUCUGGCAGCACUGUCACCCUAGGACAUCUCCCGCAGCUGUGGCCCUUCCUGUCACCCUCCUGGGCUGGAAAGGUGGUGUGGAUAGUACACUGGGGACGCAGGACACCUGCCACGCUGGACACCCAAGAUCAGACUGUUAGAACUGCCCUCCCACCAGUGCCCCACUCCAGGGUGAGGGUGGCAGAAAGGCUGGGAGGGGCUCUGUAAAAAGAGGAACCAGGCUGGGGGAGGAGAGAAGGAGAAGGAGGGAGCCCUGUGUCGGUCACGAGGCCCCAGCAGGGCCGGAAAGGGCUCUCCACCCCCAUCAACAUGGACAUAGCUGGGGGUAUUCAAAGCUGUAGGCCAGACCCAAGCCACACAGGAGGCUACUGCUUCCCUGCCACAGUUUUCCCUCUGCAUGCACCUCACUCUAGCUGUGCACUGGGGCUGGGUCCUUGGAGGGCCAGGGUCCCUCCAGUGAUGGGGGAAGGGAAGGGAAGGCCCUGAGGGGUGAGGGCCACUCCUGACUGCCGGGGGCGGGGCAUGAGGUUGCUCUCGGAGAUCCCCGCCCUCCGGUUUCCUCCGGGGUCAGUCCGGCUCCUUAUCAGUCUCAGCCAGGCAGCCAGGCCCUUAUCUGCACUGGCCCAGCAUCCUCCAGCCACUGCACCAGGGGUGAGAGGGAGGAAACCGGGCUGCUGGGGGCGGGGAGAGGGCAGGCCAGCCCGGAGCCGCUCACUUUCUCUCGAGGGACCCAGGCCCCUGCCCUGAAGCCCUUGGGAGCCUAGGAAGAGGUGAAGCCCAGACGGGGAGGCCGCUGCCAGGGGCACAGAGUGAAGAGACUGGACGGAGCAGAGCCACGGAGCCUGGCCUGGAGCCGGAACCACAUCUUGGCUCUGACCGACAGAGCCAGGGCACUCAGCAGGCAGCAGGACCAGCACAGGGGUGAGCACCCCCUUGGGGUCCAUGUGCCCGCCCCAGGCCCAGGCAGAGGUGGGCCCCACCAUGACUGAGAAGGCUGAGAUGGUGUGUGCCCCCAGCCCAGCGCCUGCUUCUCCCCCCAAGCCUGCCUCCCCUGGGCCCCUGAAGGUGGAGGACUUGGGCCAUGGAGGUGCCUCCUCCCCCAGGCUGCCCCCUGGCGUCCCGGUGAUCAGUUUGGGCCACACCAGGCCCCCGGGGACAGCCAUGGCCACCACGGAGCUAAGUGCCCUGCGGCCCCCGCUGCUACAACUCUCCACCCUGGGAAGCACCACAACCCCUCUGGCCCUGCAUUACCAUCCUCACCCCUUCCUCAACAGCUUCUACAUUGGGCCAGCAGGACCUUUUGGCAUCUUCCCUAGCAGCCGGCUGAAGCGGAGACCAAGUCACUGUGAGCUGGAACUGACUGAGGGGCACCAGCCCCAGAAGGUGGCCCGGCGUGUGUUCACCAACAGCCGUGAGCGCUGGCGGCAGCAGAACGUGAACGGCGCCUUCGCAGAGCUCAGGAAACUGCUGCCCACGCACCCGCCCGACCGGAAGCUGAGCAAGAACGAGGUGCUCCGCCUCGCCAUGAAGUACAUCGGCUUCCUGGUGCGGCUCCUGCGAGACCAGGCGGCAGCUCUGGCCGCAGGCCCCACCCCUCCCGGGCCCCGCAAACGGCCGGCACACCAAGGCCCAGACGAGGGUGCCCGCCGCGGGCCGUGUCGCCGGGCAGAGGUGGUGGUGCGCCCUCAGCCCGCGCCGCAGUCCAGCCCCGAUAGCAGCCCCGGUGGGGCUGCCCGGCCCAUCAAGACGGAACAAGCGGCUCUGAGCCCGGAGGUGCGGUGACCUCUGAGGUGUUGCCUCUGAACCCAGGGGCACUGGGAACUCAGCGCAGGGCCGUCGAGGAAGGGGCGGACCACGCACUGGGUCUGCUCUGGAUCGAAGUCCCCCGAAGAGGGACCAGUGAAGACGUCCCCUUGAGGGGAAAUGGCCAGGGGUCUGUCGCCCCCUGGGGCCCUGCAGACCUUUUUGUCACCUAACGCCCGCUGGAAGUGGCCUUGCCCGCGUCCCCCUCCCGGAGGCGAGGUCCAGGAACCAACAUGGCAGAGAGGUCAUCGGACCCAAGUAGUGCCUCUUUUUUGCGGGCUGGGGCGGGGGUCACCGAGAGGUGGGGAGGGGCCCGGGAGCCUUCCCCUUCUCGCCGGCAGACUCAGGAAUAUACGCGCCUCGACGGCGUCGGCAGCGCUCUUGGCGCGUGGAAAGAGGCACAGAGUCCGCGUGGGGCCCUAUCCCACCUAGCCCGACCCGGCCCCGCACGACCGCGUUAGCGAAGGCUCAGGCGUUCUUGCUUUUGUUUUUCUUUAUUUCUUUAUUUCACAUACACAUUAGCCAUUCAAUGGAGAAGCCGGAGAGUCAGGCAAAGAUGGUAUAACAGAAGCGCAGUGACGGGGGCGGGGUUAGGGCGGGGCGGAGAGGGGACAGACGGGCUGGCUGCCUACUUGCAUUCCGCUAGGACACUGAAAACCCAGAAAACAAAACAGACAGUAAACUACCCUUGUUUCUUAUGUAUCUCAGUGCAGAGACGGGGGUGGAGGGCAGAGAGAGGGGGAGACCAGGCUGAAGGAGGAAGGGGGGACAGGGGGCGCUAAGGGGAAGCACACCAAAUCCAUUAGUACUAUAUAUAGAGAUACUCGUAUAUACUGCGUUUCUUAGCCUAAGAAGAAACUUGUUUGACGGGACGGGCGGCCUUUGCGGUCCGCGAUGCUGGUGCUGGUCGGGCGCACGGAUCUCCCGGGAGGGGCCGAAACGGGGCUGGCCCAGGCUGGCUUGCGGGGGGGGGGGCGCCCCGAGGGUGGGUAGGUGGGGGGAGCAGAGGUGGGGCUGGGGUGCCCCUCGGGCUCUCGAUUGGGGGACGAAAGUUCUCGUGACUUUAUUGCUCCUUUAUUUUCUUUCGUGUGUGUGUGUGUGUGUGUGUGUGUGUGUAUCCGUUCAGCACGGUCGGGGUGGGGAAGUGGUGGGUCGUCUGAGCCACCCGACCCCUCUGGGACCCAGAGCGCGGCGUCCGCUCCGCCAGCACGGGGGUGAGAAGAAGGCACUAGGUCGGCCGGCCAGCGCGGGGGUGGGUGUAUAAGGCAGUCAGUCGACAGGGCUGGUUUCCGGGUGGGGUGGGCUGUGUGCGGGCCGUGUGCGUGCGUGCGGGCGGGCGCGGGCCUGGGCGAAAUCGACCUGUCAGCUUGGCUGGUCCUGUCCUGGAGCUUCGAGCCUUUCCCGUGCUCCCCGGAGGGUAACGGGGGUGGGGAUAGGGUGGGAGGAGUGAUGUUGAGUCGGGGGCGCCGGGGAAGGCGGGGGAGGAAACUACCAACUUGCUGAGCGCGCUCCUGAUAAUGCUGGUGUGGGUCAAGUUGGCGUCUGGCUCAAAGAAGGGCGCUCGAAGCGGAGAGGGAGGGGGGGAGGGAGGGGACAUUUGUUCGUUGGCAUUGACCUCUGCGGGGGAGGGGCUGGGGACCCCCGCCGCUCCCCCGUGCCCGGAAGGGGAUGGGGCGAGAAGGGGGCGCCGGGCCCCGGGGAUGGGGCGCCCGAGGAGACCCGCGGCCAGAGCAGCCCCGCCGCCGGGCGCACGCCGCUGUCCCGUUCCGUUAAACUCAACAAAGAAGGGAUAUGCGUGUUCCUAACAAGUGCAGGAUAUUUAAUUGAUUCAUAAACUUAUGUAUAAUAGUUUGUGGGUUUUUUAAAACGUACUUUAUAAUGUAAGAAGCACCAGGGUUUUUAUGUUGAAUUAUCUUAAAAAUAAUUUUCUCUCGUCCUUUUCCUUUUUGAUUUUGUGUUGAUUUUUUUAAAAAUGUCGAGGUGUUUUUAUUUUUUUUAACUCUAAAAUGUGAACGUUUCCUUCAGCCCUCCCACCGAAACCGAGAACGAACGACGAAACAAAUAAAAACCCCAGAUCAUCCUUGUCAACGCAGGAAAACGACUUAAAAAAAAAAAAAAA